AUGUCUGCUCAGGAUCGUGUUCAGAACUACAUCGGCCAGCUCGACCGUGAGCUGUCCAAGUACCCCGCCCUUAACAACAUCGAGAAGUCGACCAACGUUCCCAAGGCGUACGCCGUCAUCGGAGUCGCUUCUCUCUACUUCUUCCUCAUCAUCUUCAACCUUGGCGGCCAGCUUCUUACCAACUUCGCCGGCUUCGUCAUUCCUGGAUACUACUCCCUGAACGCCCUGUUCACUGCCAACAAGCAGGACGACACCCAGUGGUUGACCUACUGGGUUGUCUUUGCCUUUUUCACCGUUGCUGAGAGCCUUGUCAACGUUGUCUACUGGUUCCCCUUCUACUUCACCUUCAAGUUUGUCUUCCUGCUGUGGCUCGCUCUGCCCACCUUCCGGUACGUUCCGUCCCUCCCGAACCGCGACAGAGCUGGCGCUGACUGUAAUCAGUGGUGCCGAGAUCAUCUUCAACUCCUUCCUUUCCCCAUGCUGGCCAAGCACUUCAACAGUGCCUCGACCGCCUCUGGCCUCCGCGCCCAGGCUGGUAAGGCCGAGUAA